GGUGUUGAUUGUGAUAUAUUGAAAAGUAAUUUCAUAAAUAAAUGGAAACAAACAUAAGAAAUAGGUAGGUAACACUAAGGGCCUACUGUCUAUCCUGGCAGAAGAGAGAUUGUUUUGGUAUUCCUAUAAGGCACAUUCUUACCCUUGGAGAGGGGGAUGGGAGGAGAGGUUUUUGUUACUUCAGCUCUCCCCCACCAUGUGCAUACCAGAGAGGUAGAAAAAAAUAGCAGACUCUACUCCAAGAGAGAAAAACAAAGACUAAACUCCGUCAGACGCGUCGCAGAAUUAUAUUGGAAUUCCCCAUAAGAGCUGCAUUUUGAGGGAUAGAUAGCCCGAUGAAAUGAAAAUAACUUUCUACAUCAAAAGACGCCAAAGAGGGAGCACUGACGCGGGAUGGAGCUCGUAGACUAGAGAUCAUAUUACAGUUUUAUACUUUUCAUGGCAAGUUUUUGGGAAGUGGGGGAGGGUGAAUCUGUAACUCAGGAUUUGAUUUAUUUUUUAUAUCAAGCAAAUGCAGCGAAAGGAAUAGUUCCUCGCGAUUUUCAUUCCAUAGGCUGAUAAUGCAUGGAUUUUUCCAUUUUGGUCAGCGAUCGGAUUGUGUGAACCGAAAUCCUGGGAUAAAUCAAGGAUUGUACGAGAAAGGCAAAAUGAAAAAGUUCGGGACUGCGUGAAAACUAGGAAAACGUCGUUUCAUUGUAUCAUAAUGUUACGUUCUGCAUCAAAUGAGCAAGAUCACUUCGUGUGACUUUGACUAACGGUUAUCAGUUCGACUACUGGAAUAGAAAAUAUAUUUAUUUCGGGAAUACAAAGCACGGUUGAAUCGUCCAAGAUGUCUUCCCAUGACUGGAGUUCCAUUGUUGCGGGGUUCGGGAUGCUUUGCGUUUGGGCUGCCUCCUCGUUGGUUACUCAUGCGUUAACGGUCCAAAGAAACGAAACCAUUUUCAAUGAUUUUUGCAAGAAAUCUACAACAUGUGAAGUCCUAAAAUAUAACACAUGCCUUGGGUCACCCUUACCGUACACCCACACAUCUCUUGUCUUGGCUGAAGACUCAAGUACUCAAGAAGAAGCCUUUGAGAAGUUGGCCAUGUGGUCUGGUCUGAGGAACGCCCCCCGGUGCUGGGCUGUCAUCCAGCCCCUGCUGUGUGCCGUCUACAUGCCCAAGUGUGAAAACGGGCGCGUGGAGCUCCCCAGCCAGCACCUGUGCCAGGCCACGCGUCGUCCCUGCAGCAUCGUGGACCAGGAGAGGGGCUGGCCCAACUUCCUCAAGUGCGAGGAGACAAACAAGUUUCCCAUAGGCUGCACGAACGAGGUGCAGAAGCUGAAGUUCAACACGUCAGGACGCUGCGAGGCCCCCCUGGUAAAGACGGACAUUCAGGCUAGCUGGUACAAAGACGUGGAGGGCUGUGGCAUCCAGUGCGACAACCCGCUGUUCACCAACGAGGAGCACUCGGACAUGCACGCCUACAUCGCCAUGUUCGGCACAGUCACCCUGCUCUGCACUUUCUUCACUCUGGCCACAUUUCUAGCUGACUGGAAGAACUCAAACCGCUACCCUGCCGUCAUCCUCUUCUACGUCAACGCCUGCUUCUUCAUGGGCAGUAUCGGCUGGCUGGCUCAGUUCAUGGACGGAGCUCGCAAAGAGAUUGUGUGCAAGAGUGACAAUACAAUGCGUUUAGGGGAGCCUUCGUCCACCGAGACCCUGUCGUGCGUCAUCAUCUUCAGCCUGGUCUACUACUCGCUGAUGUCCGGGGUGAUCUGGUUCGUCAUGCUGACCUACGCCUGGCACACAUCGUUCAAGGCCCUGGGCACCACUCAUCAGCCCCUGUCCGGCAAGACCUCCUACUUCCACAUGGUCACCUGGUCCAUCCCCUUCAUUCUCACUGUGUCCAUUUUAGCCAUCGCUGAGGUGGAUGGAGACUCGGUCAGCGGUAUUUGUUUUGUCGGCUACAAAAACUAUCGCUACCGUGCCGGCUUCGUGUUGGCGCCGAUUGGAGUAGUGCUUGUCGUCGGUGGCUAUUUCCUCAUACGAGGAGUUAUGACGUUGUUCUCCAUCAAGAGUAACCAUCCUGGUCUUCUAAGUGAGAAAGCAGCGAGCAAAAUCAAUGAGACAAUGUUAAGACUUGGCAUAUUUGGAUUCCUGGCUUUUGGUUUUGUCUUCAUCACUUUUGGAUGUCACUUCUAUGACUUCUUCAACCAGGCAGAGUGGGAGAAGAGUUUCAGAGAAUAUGUGUUGUGCGAGGCCAACGUGACAAUAGCUCACCAGACCAACAAGCCGAUCCCAGAGUGCACCAUCAAGAACCGUCCCAGUCUGCUGGUGGAGAAGAUCAAUCUGUUCUCCAUGUUCGGCACCGGGAUCGCCAUGAGCACCUGGGUGUGGACAAAGGCCACCAUCCUCAUCUGGAAACGGACCUGGUGCAAGAUCAUUGGCCGUAGCGACGACGAACCCAAGAGAAUAAAGAAGAGCAAGAUGAUAGCCAAGGCCUUCUCCAAGCGUAAGGAGCUCCACGAGGACCCGGAGAAGGAGCUCUCCUUCAGCAUGCACACGGUUUCCCAUGAUGGGCCAGUGGCCGGCAUCAACUUUGACCUGAACGGGGAGCCAUCCAACGACAUGUCUUCCGCCUGGGCCCAGCAUGUGACCAAGAUGGUGGCCCGGAGAGGUGCCAUUCUGCCACAGGACAUCUCAGUCACCCCCACAGGGACCCCGGUUCCACCACCAGAGGAGAGGAACAAGCUGUGGAUGGUAGAGGCGGAGAUCUCCCCAGAGAUGUUGAAGAGGAAGAAGAAGAAGAAAAAGAAGAGGAAGAAGGAGGCGUGUCCCGCGGGGGAGCUGGCUGAUCACCAGGGCUACCGCCAGCGGGAGUUUGGCGCCAGCUCGGUGCCUCGACUGCCCAAGCUGCCCGGCCACCGGAGCCUGGUGGCCAAUCUGAGGCAGCACCAGGAGGAGGCCGAGGAUGUCCUACCAGGCUCGUACCCAGAGUCUAGGCCCUCUCAUCCCCUGCCCUACCAGGGGAGGUAUGGAGGAGACCGCAGGUACGCUGACCUCAGUGACCUGCCAGAGGAUCUGGGUCUGGGGCCUCGCUGCCGGCCCGAGCCGGUACCCCAUUCCUCCUGGCAGCACAGGGACGGGUUCCGCUAUCCUGGGCCAGUGGAUCAUAUGGCCGGGGGGUCUGGUAGGACUGCUCAUGUGGGGAGGUCGCAGGGGGGUCAAAGGAAGGCGGAGUGGGGUCAGAUCCACUCUAGAACCAACCUUAUGGAGGCAGAGCUAAUGGACGCUGACUCUGACUUUUAGACCAUGUUUGGUUCUGGGGUUUUCUGGUUGGGUUUUUUUGUAAGUGUGUCUUUAAGUGUGAAGUGCUGGAUACUCAUGCUUACAGAACUGUCAUAACGACUCCCUACAGUCAGGAUGGAACGGGACUCGGGGAACGGGGUCAGAUGAAUAGGUCAGAUCUGUUUUUUCGGAAGGGAAGAGCUAGGAAAGCAGAAUGGGGAUCUCAUCAGGUCAAAGGUGAGUUUCACGAAGGCUUCUUUGCUAACAAGACACUUUCCCUCAACAGCCUGUACCCACACUAUGUCCCCAGUGAAAUGCCUUUACACAUUUCAACUCUGACCAUUUUCCUUAAAUUAACUGAGCAUUAUUUGUUGAAUGAAGCACUUUGCUGUUUAUAUGCGGUCAGGGUCAAUAGGUGACACAUUGCCUAGAAAGCGUUUUGGGGACCUCACCCCAAGGCCAGUCAGUGCUAGGUGUGUGUUACUGAAAAAUAAGGAUACGCAUGGCAGACACAACCACCCAGAUGCAGCAAGUAACUUCUGUUGUCAUUUUGUUGAAUGACCGCAAUGAAGAGGCAGCUCUGUUCCGACGGCCUUGGAACCCAGUCACUGGCGCAGUCCUGGUUCACUGUCUCUGAAUCAGACGUCACGAUUGUUGAUUUCAGAUUGCAUUCCAUUUAUAAAAUGAUUCCUCUAGAGGCGUUGUCCUUCCCUGAGUCAUGAAAUGCAUAAUAUAAAUACUUUAAAGUGGCUCUAUCACUGUCUACUCUCCAUUGUCAUAACUGGCAUUAUGGAAGUCGACAGGUAAAGACAAAUCCAUGUAGACGUGCUCCACAUUGUCUGUUCGACUUGUCUGUUAAGAGAUUGAACAGAUCUGUGAAAAGGAGAGGAAGCCUCCGUAGAUAUUUUAGACCCGUAGUCUCUUCUGAUGCAGAAUCAAUCAGGCUCCGGGAAGUCUUUUCGUGCCUUUGUCAACUAGAAAUAUAUGACUUUACUCAUUGUUUUUGUAUUGCCAGGUGCAAUCACACAAAGGUUACGUUUUUUAAUCGAAGGACAUCUGUUUAAAUGAAACACACAACUGAAGUGUUCUUUCGCAUGUUGUAUAAUUUCAGUUGGAAUUUUUUUGUUGUACAAUUGUAAUAAAAAGGGUUAUUUUUUUACUGUAGAAUGUAGUUUCCACAUUAUUUUCUACUCAAUUGUACAUAUUUCAUAGACAGCCUUCCUUGGCCUCUUUGAUGCGUUUGCUUCUAUUUAGAGUGAACAUGCUAUGUGUAUAUUACAUCACAUUGACCUGGAGUAAAGAAAAACACAGUUCAUUGCAUUUAAGUGUUUGCUUCAGUUUUUAUAUGAACAUGUAUUGUGCUUAUCUCUAUGUGCAGUGCACCUAUUCAUUGUGACCUAGAAUACAGUAUGUUCAUAGCUACGCUCACCACAGUUUAGAAAUACACUUUUUUUUAUAGUUCUGCUUUGAAAUUGUCCCCCUUUAACAGAAACGAGCAAACAUAAAAUUUCUAACUUCCCAUUUCCCUAUAAGUUAUUUAAUAUAAUGAACAAUGUCAGCAUAAUGAUUACGAUAAGUGGAUGGUUUGGUCGGUUUCGAUCAUUUUUGGUUUAUUGUCCCAGCUCUGUUCAGUAUUAUAAUAGUCCUUUUAGCUAAAGCUCAUUAUUUUGUUUUGAUAGAGCCUACUAAAUGUGCAGUGUAUAGCAGAGAAGCUUAUUUAUACAAUUGCUAUGUCUGGAAGAUAAGUUAAACUGUACAGGAUUUCAAAUGAAAAAACACUGUAGUGUUUGAUUCAUGCAUUUCUUUCACCAUUAUUGCAAAACAACUGUAAUUUGCAGUAAAAAAAUAUACAUUUGUGUAAAGGUAGAUUACAAGAGAAAUAUCAAGUGGUGCCUAUAUUUUAUACUGUAUGAACUGGAAUAAUUCUCAUGAUGGACACUGGCCAGACCGUUUAUUCAAAGGGACAUAUUUAUGUUUCACUUUUUGAUGCAUAGCAUUGUGAACAUUCUGAGAGUUUUCAUUUGCUGUUGAGUAUAUUUUAAUCCAGGCCAUCUGUUUGUGGGUUCUUUGUAUAGUCUGCACCCAUUUUUCUGUUGUCCAUGCAGCCUUGUGCUGUUUCUCUCCUCAUUUAUCUUGAACAAAUAAUUGUAUCACUUUUAUUGUGCAGAUGUAUGUUUAUAUGUAAAUAAAGGAAGCCUACAAUUCUA